AUGGUAAAUGCUGAAGAUGUUCAGGAACAAGACAUUGAAGAUGUUAUUGAUGAACAAGGUCAAGACUUCAAGCUGGUUGGUGAGUCUUCUGAACCCUUUGAUAUUAAUGAAGUUCUUCGGAGAGUAAAUGUUAUUCAAAGGAAAAGAAAAGCAAAAGAAAUGUUGUUGUUAGUAUGGAAGACACAGCAGUUUGUUCUUGUUGGUAAACCAUCCUCAGUUCCUUAUAGCAUCAAAGAAAUUGCUCGCCAAAUCAAGAUCAAAGAAAGGCGAAGAAAAGCUAAGAUAGCACGUGGAGAGAUUGUUGAUGAUGAUUCUGAUAUAGAAUUGUUUGGAGAUGAAGAAGAAGAUGAAGAUGAUAAUGAUGUCGAUUCAGAUAAUAAAGAUGACAAGGGUGAUGAUGACGAUGAUCAGGGUGCUUCUGGGUUAUUGAUUGGGAAUCCUAAUGUUCAAGAAAGGAUUGAAGAGUUGCUGAAUGAUGAAAUCAAUGAACAGGAGGAUGAUCCAUAA